UUGUCGGUGCUGCGGUCACUCUCAGUCCCGAGGAGGAGACAGCAGUCGAGCCUCACCCAGCAGACGACAGGUGCCACUGGCUGACUGGUCGCCACACGAGUCGUUUCUCCGGAGCGAGUCCCCAGGUCCGACUGACAAGUGAACAGCAAGUGAACAGCAACAGCCACGGCCAUGGAAAAACAGAUCCUCAUAGUUAUCGCCACCUGCCUCGCCGGCAUCCUCUUCCUCACCUCGUCACAAGCAAGUCCUGUUCCAGACGCUGUCAGUUCCAGGCACAAACGACAGUCGGCGGAUGUCAAAACUGCUGAGUACCUGGCGUGGAUCGCACUGGGAGGUCGGGUGCCAUCCCAAGGCUGUGUUGACGUAGCCUGCGGGGUAGUCGAUGUGUACACCAGAGUCCGUAGAUCCUCGUCUGACCAGAGGAUAGCGGAGUUGCAGGCCUUGUUGGCGUUGACCGGAAAUGGAGGGCGGGUGGCUCAUGGACAGUUUGACCCUCUCAGAAUCGGCAAGAAGAAGCGGGACUUCACAGACGAACAACGGUACCAACUGCUCCGCUCACUCGUGGAGAGGGCCGCCCUGGAGAACGCCGCCAACCUCCCCAACUGAUCGUGCAUCUCCUGUUGUUACCACCACCGGUGAAUCGGUCCUCGUCAAACGUUUCAGCAUCAACAUCGCCCCUCCAGCCCUUGGCUCCCUCCCCACCUGUGCUGCAUGGACUCACCCACCCCAUCGUACAAUGCCAGAGUGAUGUGCUCUUGUCUGUGUCUGCUGUCAGCGGCCACUGCCUGGACCACCCGACCGCCAAGUCAGGUCCCCGCAGGACUGACGACAACAACGAUGACUGUCUACAUCAGUGACGACACUAGCAGAGGACAGUCUGGUGUCCCAACACCUGGCCUCACACAAUCACUUGCUGUGAAGGGAGGACGAAGGCUGUUUGAUUAAUAAAAUCUUCCACACUGUCA